UCUCUCAUGUCCUAUUUGCUACACUCAAAAAUAGAAAGCAAAAAUAUUGUCACACAACAGCAUAUUAUCAUCAUCAUCAUCCAAAAAAACAAACAAGAAAAAUAAAAAAUUGUAAGCAAAUACAUUACUACAAUACAAAACUUUUUUAUUUCUCUCAUAAAAUUCCAUAGUUUUCAAUUUCAUAAUUUCUGGGUUUCUGUUCCUUCUUUCUUCUUCAUCAUCACCUCCACCACCUUCACCACCUCCACCAUAUAUGUUCCUUUUCAGCUCACCCUCUUAGAUCGGAUCUUUUCACAUUUUCCCAUGAAAAAAACUCAAAAUUCACCACUUUCCAUUAAAAUAAACCAAACCCAACAAGAAAAAGAUUGAAAAUUUCAAAUUUCUAACACCUUUGACUCUAUUUAUACGCUUAUUUCAGAAACUGGGUUCUGUUUCAGUUUCUAUUUUUGUUUUCUUUUUGUUUUAGAAACAAAUUAAGCUACGAAGAAAAACAAGAAUAUAUAUUUUAUUGGACUCUUGUAUUUGUAUGAGUAAAUGGGAAAUGUAACAUCUAACGUAGCAGCAAAAUUUGCAUUCUUUCCACCAGACCCACCAACGUAUGAUGUGUGUAAAGAAGAAGAUGGGAGGCUGGUGUUGCCUGGUGUUACGGCUGAUAAAAAUAUGAAUGUUCAUUUGUUAGAUACAAAAGGCGGUAAUAAAAUUGUUGCCACCUUUUGGAAACACCCUUUUGCUAGGUUUACCCUCUUGUAUUCCCAUGGUAAUGCUGCUGAUCUUGGCCAAAUGCAUGAGCUUUUUAUUGAACUCAGAGCUCAUUUGAGGCUCAAUAUUAUGAGCUACGAUUAUUCAGGAUAUGGAGCAUCUUCUGGCAAGCCAUCGGAGUUCAACACAUACUAUGACAUAGAGGCUGUAUACAAUUGUUUGAAGAAGGAUUAUGAAGUUAAGCAAGAGGACUUGAUCUUGUACGGCCAAUCUGUUGGAAGCGGGCCUACCCUGCACUUAGCUUCGCGUUUAAAGAAAUUGAGAGGUGUGGUUCUUCAUAGUGCAAUUCUAUCAGGCAUACGAGUACUAUAUCCUGUUAAAAUGACAUUUUGGUUUGAUAUUUACAAGAAUAUUGACAAAAUACGGCAAGUCAGCUGUCCAGUUCUGGUUAUACAUGGAACAAGUGAUGACAUUGUUGAUUGGUCUCAUGGGAAACGUCUAUGGGAACUGUCAAAGGAAAAGUAUGACCCCUUAUGGAUCAAAGGCGGUGGCCAUUGCAACCUCGAGACAUACCCUGAGUAUAUCAAGCACUUACGGAAGUUCAUAAACGCAAUGGAGAAAAUCUCCAUCACAAAAUCAACAAAACAAUCCACUUCUAAUCCUAGCAUUGAUGUAAAACAUAACAAGUGCUUAAGAUGGAAAAAGGUAGCUGCCUCCCAGAAGUAGUUCAUUGGUACAGGUAGUUAAAUUGCAAAUGGCGAGGUGUUUCGUGUCUGCCAGGAUAAUGUCUGCAUUCCUCAUCGACUUGGCAACAAGCAGCAAAGUGCUCGAUACAUUGCUACAGAUCACGAACUGAAAGGAAAUUACCGUAGUUUGUUCGGUCCAGGUCAGAUAGGGAGCUUCAAUAGCUGUCUUUGAAAAUUAUGUAGGUAGCGUUGUAUUGAAAAUAUAAGAGAAAUGUGAUUGAUCUGAGUUUAUUGUAUUUUAACAUGAGUUUUGUCUGUGUAAUCUUUCAUCAUUAAUAGCAAUUACACCCGUUACUUAUGUUCAA